AUGACCCCAAUCCCGUUUGUGUAUUACAUGAUAAAAGGUGAGAUCAACCAGUGGCUGGGCCAGCAGCACGAGCGAUAUGGCGAGGUUGUACGAGUUAUGCCAAACCAGUUGAGCUACACGGCGGCAGAGGCGCAAAAAGACAUCCACAUGCCAGGUCGCGGCUUCAGGCACGGCUAUGAUAAGGAUCCCAAAUUCUACAUGACCUUUACCGGCAACAAGGAGACGCCAUCCACCUUCACUGCCAACGAAGCCGACCACGAACGACAACGUCGCCUAUUUCAGAGCGCCUUCUCAGACCGCGCGCUCGAGCGGCAAAGUCCGAUCUUGAUCAAGUACGUUAACAUGCUGAUCGACCGGCUACGCGACCGCGCCAUCACAGGCGCGGCAACCAACAUACUAGACCUUUAUAUGUUUAUUACAAUCGACACACAGGCAGACCUGCUUUUCGGUGAGCCGUUCCACCUGACAGAAAACGACAAGUACGAUCCUUGGAUAGCUUCGGUGCUAUACUACAUCCACGUAGGCUCUCAAGUCAUGGCAUUCAUGCAAUUCGUCUCAUUUCGAGUCUUCUGGAAGCCAAUACUCUGGUGCCUACUGGCCGGAAAGCUGGAGUCUCACUACCGCCACACCAGUAUGCGCGUCGACCGCCGACUGGCCAUGAAGACACCACGUGAUGAUAUCAUGAAGUUUGUGCUGGAGGAAGGGGACGCGAAUCCCAAGCGCUGUCUCACUACCAACGAGAUUCAUUCCAAUGCCGCGCACUUUUGGCUUGCCGGCAGCGAGACCACCACCACAACUCUAAGCUCUGUGACCUAUCAUCUUCUGAAAAAUCCUGACGCCUACAAAAAGGUUUGCCAAGAGAUUCGCUCACUCUUCUCGUCCGAGGAAGACAUGACCAUGAAGGCUCUCGGCCAACUUCGCUACGUUGACGCAUGCAUCAAGGAGGGCCAGCGUAUGCACACGCCUGUUCCAUUUCCGUUGCCACGACGGGUGCCACCAGGCGGGGCCACCAUAGCCGGCCGUUUUGUCCCGGCUGGUGUGACUGUCGCCGUGGCCACCCAUGCUGCCCACCGCUGGCCGACCAACUUUACUAUGCCUAACCGCUUCAUCCCGGAGCGCUGGAUGUACGGCACAACCGAGCAUACCCCGUUUGCCAGUGACAAAGCAGACGCCUCGCAACCGUUCUCUCUAGGACCCCGUGGUUGUAUUGGCAAGAACAUGGCCUACUUCCAGAUUAGGCUUAUCAUCGCAAAGAUCUUUUUUAACUUCGACAUGGAGCCAUUGCCUGUGUGUGAGAAUUGGGACAACCAAAAGGUGUAUGGCAUGUGGGAGAAGCCUCCGCUUCUUGUACGAGUCACUCGGCGCAGGGAUAUAGUUGGUCGGGGAGAAAGGACAAUUUUGCAAGACAUGGGAGAGGGUACUUGUGAGCAUGAAGGCUAG